AUGACUCCUUGUAUCUGGACCGAUUUAUGCAAACAACCCACUCAGCCAGUCUCCACUGAAAAGUAUGCACAGCUUGUCCACGAUUCAACCAUUCGACUCCAUGAACCCAUUCACUCCAUCUUGUCAGCUUUGAAUGAACGCGUCAUCGGGUUGACCAAACUUGCCAACUUUGAAGCUGCCCUUCGCGAUACCCAAGUUAUGCAACAACUCUCACCCGCUUCACCAUGUGGAUAUCUUUGUGAAGCCACCGUUUACAAGGAACAAGGAAAACAGCUUCAAGUGAUUGACAUUUGCAACAAAGGGCUCGACGUUGUUGAUCCAAAGGAUAACGAAUACGCCACGUUACAGCAAAUCAAGGCCGAUGCUAUGCAACGCCAAAAUACACGCGUCGACUUCAUCACCAAGCUACCAUUCGAUAUUGUUACUACCAUGCUUUUUCCUAUGUUUGUGGAUGAUGAUUCUCCUUUGGAUGCUUCUACACCAUGUCCUUAUUUACACGUGUGCAACAAGUGGCGGGAUUCCAUUCUUCAAUAUUCAAAUGGAUUGCGUUUCGAGACUGGAUACAAAGAAGAACAAGCAGAUCCCCAGCAACGUUGGCAAUUGGCUACAUUCGCACGACACAUCAAGGCAUUGCACCUUCGUCGAUAUUCGAAGGGACCCUGGCUAUCUGAUUUAUUGCGUGACAAUGACUUUUGCUCUUUGCGGGAGUUACACAUUGGUGAUUUUUGGUGGGCCAACAUCGAUCACUUUGUUCCGUUAAUGCAAUCAAUCGGCAGCACAUUGACGCAUUUGUCUAUUCAUGAGGUUCAAGGAAUAAAUAUUUUGGACACCUUCCCCUUAGCCGAGGUAUUAUCAUCCUGCCCCAAUUUGGUAUCCUUUGCCAUGUGCCACCCAGAUGAUUUCGAUUUCAGGUCCCUUCCAAUGGCUCCAUGGUCCAAUAUGACGGCAUUGACAUUUACCUUGGCAGGAGGCGUCUUUACUCGUGACCAUAUCACAAGCAUCUGCCAGCGUUUUCCUGCUCUCAAGAAGCUUGAUCUAUUUCCAUGCGCAGAUGUCGCAUCAGUACACGUGAUACCACAGUAUUGUCCUUUGUUGAAAAGCGUUCAAGUUGAGAUACAGCAUGAUGUUGUAGGCCUUUUCUACUCGGAUCAUAGCGUUGGACAUGAAGAACUUGCGGUUACAAAGCUUUCUAUAUUUACAGAGGAAUGGGAUGACGAUGGCUUGUUUGAGAGUACUUGCUUUCUCUUAAGACAGCAUCGUAGAACACUUGAGGACAUCCAAUGGACGUGGUCGCCUGAAAGAAACCACCGAGAGCUGUACAAUAUCCAAUACCCACGCCUGAAGAAGCUAUCGAUACACUCUCGUGGAUGGUGGAUACUACGCAAUGCGCCCAUGGUGGAAGAAUUAUCCUUGGCCUCACCAUCAAUCAUCAACAACCCUGAAGUGUUGGAUACAAUACCACCCAACUUGAAAACGCUCGAAUUGAGAUUGGAUCAGGCACCCUUACCAGUUGACGAACGCGCCAUCAAAGACUAUCUUGAUCGUGUGUGCCAGCAGUGUCGUCUCCAUGAACUCGCUAUCCAAUUUGACAUCAUCAAUACCUUUUGCCAUGUGCGUGAUGCUAUCUGUCGCUUCAAUACGCUUCGAUCUCUGAUGAUGGGUUUCCCAGAGGAUUGGCAUGUCCACGAAAUGGAAAGAUUCCUUGUUGACCUUGUGAUUGCAUGCCCUCAUUUAUCCUCCCUUGAGAUCAAUUGCACCAACGCACCGACCACGUAUUCAAUCACUGCCCUGAAACAGCUUCAACAUUUAAAGCAACUUACGUUUUCGAUCAAGGACACGGAUGGCUAUGAUAGCUUUUGGCAUGCGAUUGAAACGUUUUCACAACUCAAACGUAUCCGUAUUUACCAUGCGAAUCACGUCAGCCAUGUCCACGUGGUGCGCCUUAGGAAACAGAGACGUGACAUGAAGAUCAUAGUGGACAACACAUUCAAGCGCUUCUGA